UUGUUGAAAUUUUUUUGACUUCGUUGUCCAAAAUAAUCAAAAAAGCUUGAAAAUUCUCGAUUUUUUCCGAAAACUUUAGAAAUAAUCGCGAUAAAAAGUUGUAUUUGCAAUGGAGAACAAUGCCGAAGAAGAUUACGAAGAACUUUUACAACGACACCGAAAAGAAAAAAAGGAGCUACAAGGUAAACUUCAAGCAUUAAAGAAAUCCGCAUCGAAAGGAGAUAAAAAACGUAAGAAAGAAGUUACCGAAGAGAUAGCUCGUUUGGAAGCCGAAACCAUUAAAAGACAAGAGGAUGAAAUUGCUGCAUUUAAAUCAAAGAACGACAUGGACGAUAAAUCACAAAACGGCGAUGAUAUUUCCGAAGAUAUGGAAAAUUUAGCUAUUAACGGAGCUUCGCAGUCGCAAAGAAUUAGUAAAGCUCAGAAAAGACGCAAUCGUAAAACUACUCAGCUUAAAGAUCGCGAAUUACGUAUUUUAGAGCAAGAUCAAACUAAUCUGAAUGGCGCUCGUCAUUUAGAAACGGAAGAAAUCAAACGUCUAUUAAAGGAGAAAGGUUUAAUGAUAUGUGAAAUACCAUCGGAUGGUAACUGUCUUUAUAACGCCAUAAUUCACCGUGUCAAAGAAUUGGACGGUAAAAGUCCCACUUUAUUGGAAUUACGUUCAAGUACUGCUAGCUUUCUUCGCGAAAAUAGAGUAGAUUUUCUUCCAUAUUUAAGCCAUCCAGAUACCGGAAAUAUGCUAACCGAGUCCCAGUACAGCGAAUACUGUGAUCAAGUAGCCGACACCACUGCCUGGGGAGGAGAAAUUGAGCUACGUGCACUUUCCCAUGUUUUGAAACGUCCUAUCGAAGUUAUUCAAGCUAAAGGUCCUGCCGUUGUCGUUGGAAAUGAAUACGAAUCGAAUGGAUCGUCUGCUGUUACAUUAACCUACCACAGACACAUGUACGGAUUAGGCGAACAUUACAAUUCGGUAACUCAGUUCAAAGAUGAAAAUGAAGACGAAUUUAGCUGAAAUGGAAAUAACAUUCGAUCGCGUACUAGUCACAUGAACUGGAAAUUUUUAUUUAUAAAUCUUAGAAUUUUAAUUAAUUAUUUAUUAGGCGUACUGCAAUGUUUAAAUAUUCGAUAUGAAAGUACCAGUUUGCUUUUUUUUUGCAAAUUACGAAAUGGCGAUAAAGGAUUUUAGUUCACGUUACAAUAAUUAUGCAACAAUAUGUUAACGUUUUAUAUUGUUAACGGUUUUUGUUACUUAUAAUGUAUUUGUGAAUUACGAAAUGUUAAUUAAUUCCGUAUUUUUGUUUCGUUUCUUGCAUUUUUUUUAUCGCGCCACUAUUUAUUUAUUUAUUUUUUCAAGAAAUAUAUAAAUUUGUAGUUAA